GAGCGGAGAAAAGGGGCCACCUUCUCAACGGACGUCUUUGGGACCAUCGUCCGGUGCGGGAGGACGAGACAGACGGCAGCGGAACGACGGGCUAUGGAGGGCGACGCUGCGGCUAGACGUGAUGCGCUGAGUCAUGGUGAGCUGCAGGCUGUGGCGGCGGCUGUGUCGACGAUCGUUCUUCGAUGUCAGCAGGAGAGGGCGCUGGGGCGACUGAAGGAGCAUUUGCGCGCGCGUAGACGGAGGACAUUGAUGCAAGAUCCGCACGAUGGUGCCGAGUUCGUGGCGACGUCGGAAGCUGUUGUUCAGCUGUGCUAUGCGUUGGGCUGCGGAGUGAUACCCCGCGCGACGCCGCGGUGCUGGGUGAAGCGCAGGACAGGAGGAACGUGGGAAGACCUUAGGCUAUGCGACGACGCGACUGACGACUACUUCCGCGAUAAGCUGCGAAUGUCGCCGCGAGUGUUCCGGGAGAUCGCAGAGGCUUGUGCGCCUCAUCUUCAGCGGCAGGUGACGUUCUACAGGGAGCCUUUGCAGCCGGACCAGAUUGUGGCGUACGCACUGUACAGGUGGGCUUCACGUGAGACAUAUGAGAGCAGCACGUGCAACUUCGGGAUCGGACGAGCUUCUGGGCUGAUUGCCAUCCACGACGUGACUGCCGCGCUGCUGAGGGUGUUCGGCGAUAAGAUAGCGUGGCCGACGGGAGUUCGUCGUUGUCGACUUGGACUUGCGUGUGCUGGACGUGCACAUGGGAUACCCGGUAGCUGCCACGACAUCAGGGUGCUGCAGUUGUCCAGUCUGUCGCUACGCGCGGAGGAGGGGUCGUUGUUCCGCGGGCCCCCCGUCACAUUGCCGUUCGGUGUGAAGACGAACGGUUACCUUCUGGCGGACAAUGGGUACCCCCCUGCCGAAUGGAUGGUCGUCCCGUACGGCAGUAUCAAUCAGAGCGUCGAGCAGGAGCGGUUUGACAACAAGCAGAAGGUGGCAAGGAGAGCGGUGGAGAGGGCGUUCAUCAGGCUGAAGGGCAUGUGGUGGCUGUUUCUCCGAACACACAAGACAAACCUUGAGACGCUCCCGCAACAGUUCACCGCCGUCUGCAUACUGCACAACUUACUGAUCGACGCGGGGAUCCCCUUCGACGAGAAUCUGUUGUGGGAGGUCGACGGUAAUGGUGUGCGACGACGAAUGGACCUGGGGAUCGACGAGCCCCUCCAGCCUGUGUCCAUGUUGACGUCGACCUGCGAAGCCUUGGCCCUGAGGCAUGCUAUGGCGGAACGAAUGAAACACGAAUGAGUCGUGUAUCAUUCAUGGACGACAGCACAUGAAGAUGGCUUAAUUGCAACAAUGGGCGGACACCAGAUUGGUCUUUCUGUCCUCCCUUGAUUGGGUCGCUGUCGUCUGUACCUCGACGGGGUUGGUGGUUUUUGUGGAGGGUCGUUAUUCGGAUGGUGGAAGGCAGCGCAUGGAAGUGCGAUCUUGGUGCAAUGACCGGAGGGCAGAAUCGCGGUCUCGUCGGCCAUCGGGUUGGUUGCUAGCACUGUUAGGCGUCGUGGUCGGCGGUUUACGUCGACGAUUGUGUUUGGUUAGCCUUUGCAAUACACGG